UAUUCAGUCAGAUUUACGUCGCGUAUACAGCCAGUCAGUCAGUCAGUCAGUCAGUCAGUCAGUCAGUCAGUCAGUCAGUCGUACACCUGACGCUGACACACGACAAUCGUGUGUACGUGCGCGUGUGUGCCUAUCUUUUUUUUCUUUCUCUAUCCAUCUAUCUAUCCAUCUAUUUCCAUUUUUUCCUUAUUUUCUCUCUCUCUCUCUCUCCUUUCUUUUUUUCUCCUCACCAAACGAAUUCUCUCAUUUUGACGAACUCUAUCUCGUACCAAGUUUUUUAUUUAUUCUUUUUUUUUCCUUUUUUUACUUUUUUUUCUUCUCUCCUUUCUUUCACGAGAUGUGGAUUUAUCCUACGUUUCUCAUCGUUAUCGCAGGUGUUCACACGGUCAGAACGGCCGAUUGGUCUUAUUGGGGAGAUCAUGGUCCUAAUAAUUGGCCAGGACAAUGCAAAACUGGAAAGAAACAGUCGCCCAUUAACAUCGUUACGGUGAAUACGAUAAAAAAAGAUUUGGGUGAACUUAAUUUCAUAGGAUACGAUCAUUCGUUCAACGGAAUGGUAACCAAUAAUGGACAUACCAUACAAGUUAAUCUUCAUGAUUUGCCAAUGCAAUUGGAAAGCGAAUAUCUUUCGUCAAAAUAUACCUUCGAACAAUUUCAUUUUCAUUGGGGAUCUGAGCAUACAAUAAAUUCUUAUCGUUAUCCCUUGGAAAUGCAUUUGGUUCAUUACAAUGAUCAAUAUAAUAAUGUCAGUAUAGCUUCUGAGAAUAAGAACGGUAUAGUCGUGGUUACCAUAUUAUUCAAGUUAAGUCAGGAGGAUAAUAAGGCAUUAGAUCCAAUAAUAAAUGCAACUGAGCAAGUUUCAGCAUGGGUCGGAAGUAGUACGGCUGCAUUAAGAGCAAAACUUGUCCCCCAUUUAUUACUUCCGAAUAAUCGAAAGAGUUAUUAUACCUACGAAGGAUCAUUGACUACUCCUAAUUGUCAGGAAGUAGUAACAUGGUUCAUAAUGACUGAAGAACUCACAAUAUCCAAAGAUCAGUUGCGAGUCUUCCAAGGCGUCGAGUCAGCCAAUGGAACAUUGAAAUUCAAUUAUCGACCGAGUCAAAAUGAAGGCGAUCGAGAGAUUUAUCAUCAUCUUUCAGGAUAUUCCAAUGCCAGAAGAAUGUUUUCCAUUCAUAUAUAUCUUAUCAUUUUCUGCCUUUCCAUUAUCAAAUUAUCAUAACUGCCAAAUUCAAUAAUUUUUUGAACGGUAAUAAUGAUCUUGCCAAAGAUUACAUAAGUAUGACAUAUGUAUAUAUAUAUAUAUAUACAUGUCUAUUUUUUUUUUCUUCGAUAAAACGCGUUAUUUCGUAAGCAAAGUUUCCUUAAUCGUUAU